AUGGACGGUAGUCCUCUCACAAGGUUUCAGUUCUGUUCGUUAUUAAAUAAGACUCUUGAAGUAGCCGGCCUUCCAAACUCACGAUACAAAUCUCACUCUUUCCGUAUUGGGGCCGCGUCAGAUAGUUUCUCUUACGGUCAUUCGGAAACAGAAAUAAAAAAAAGCAAGGUAGAUGGAGUUCGAAUGCCUUCAAAAGGAAGUGAAAAGGUUAUUUGGAUUGUUGGUUCUUCAAUUAUUAAGUGGGCGUUCUACUAUGCAAGAAAAUCCUUAGAUGGUGUGGAUUUAGGUUUAAGACGAAGAAACUACAGAAUUUUUUGGCAGGGAAAGGGAGGUAUGAAAUGGUUUGACCUUAUUCCAAAAAUAAAGCUUUUGUUAAGGUAUGAAUCUCCACCAGAAAUUUUAAUUAUUCAUUGUGGAGGUAAUGAUAUAGGUAAAAUUCCAUUAUUGCAACUACGGUCCAUUAUGAGUUCAGCACUCGAGGAACUUAAACAACUACUCCCUAAAACUACACUUGUUUGGUCAAAUAUGUUGCCAAGAAUUUCAUGGCGUUUUAGUUCAAACUCGAAAGCGCAAAAUCUUGCUACUGUCAGACUCAAUAAUUUUAUGAAUCAUUUAAUCACUGUCAAUGGUGGGUUCUUUAUCAAAUACCCAGAGAUUACUUGGGAUUCAAAAGAAAUGUUUAGUAGUGACGGAGUUCACCUGUCAUACUUCGGUAAUUGUUUCUUGCUAUUCAACUUACAAAGGACUCUGCAAGAAUGUGUUUUACUAUAAAAUGGUAAAUAUGUAGAUUGAUCUUCAAGAUGUGGCCACACCUACACAUACUUUGCGUCUCUCAUUCCACCUAACUUUGUUGGCGGUGGUUGUCCUUUUCAUCGGACAACCAUUUGGCGGUUAUUCGAGACGCCUUCUAUGAUACAAAUAUUUUUUCACAACUUCUGCUGAGUAUCUGCUCACCCAGUACCAGUAGGAGUGUUGUCACUAUUCCCAUUUUAAGGAAUUUAUAAGGAUAAGGAUUAUAAGGUU